AUGUUUAAACGGCACCUCAUACGCUACUGGUUACUUCGAAGAUACUCAACUAAUUCUCCUGAUUCUAAUUCGGCCUUAUCUCUUGCCAAGAAUUUACAGCAGCGUAUUGAAGAUAUUCCCAUCGAAAGAUACCGUAACUUUAGUAUUGUAGCACAUGUUGAUCAUGGCAAGUCUACCUUAAGUGAUAGAUUAUUAGAACUUACAGGAGUGGUGAAACCAGGUGGUAAACAAGUUUUAGAUAAGCUAGAAGUGGAAAGAGAACGUGGUAUUACAGUUAAGGCUCAAACUUGUUCAAUGUUCUACAAGGAUAAACGUGAUGGCUUAACGUAUUUGUUACAUUUAGUGGACACUCCAGGACAUGUUGACUUUAGAGCAGAAGUGUCUCGUUCUUACGCUUCGUGUGGUGGGGCUUUGCUGUUAGUCGACGCAUCGCAAGGUGUUCAAGCCCAAACCGUUGCCAACUUUUAUUUGGCUUAUAGUAUGGACUUAAAGCUUAUACCGGUUAUUAACAAGAUUGAUCUUGAUGUUGCGAAUAUCCCACAGGCAGAAAUGCAGGUAACAGAUAUGUUUGAGCUACCAAAGGAAGACAUCAUCAAGGUCAGCGCGAAGACUGGAGUGAAUAUCGAAAACGAUCUUCUACCAGCAAUAAUCGAUAAAAUUCCGCCUCCUACAGGAAAGUUAGAUAAAAAUUUUAGGGCAUUACUAGUUGAUUCAUGGUAUGAUUCGUAUCUAGGGGUCGUGCUAUUAGUACACUGUGUCGAUGGGUCAGUUACGAAAGGUGACAAAAUCACAAGUGUUCAUACAGGAAGGAAAUAUGAAGUCAAAGAAGUUGGUAUUAUGUACCCUGAUCAAGUACCUACAGGCUCUCUGAAAAGUGGUCAGGUGGGUUACCUUGUUCCUGGCUUGAAGGAAUCUAAGCAUGCUAAGAUUGGAGACACGCUAGUUCGUAAUGGAUUCGAAUCACAGACUGAAGCAUUGCCUGGGUUUGAAGAGACGAAACCUAUGGUGUUUGUUGGAGCAUUCCCUGCGGAUGGUGCAGAGUUUAAAGCAUUGGAUUAUGAUAUCCAGAAGCUAGUUUUAAAUGAUAGAGCAGUCUCUCUCGAACGUGAGACUUCUAAUGCGCUUGGCCAAGGCUGGCGUCUCGGUUUCUUAGGUUCACUCCACGCCUCCGUCUUCAAAGAAAGAUUAGAGAAAGAGUACGGUUCUAAAUUGAUUAUUACACAUCCCAAUGUACCAUACUUAAUUGUGUAUAAGGAUGGUGAGAAGAAGGUGAUUAAGAACCCUGAUGACUUCCCAGAUUCAUCAGCAUGCCGAGGUAACAUUGAAUCCAUGCAGGAACCAUACGUUGAAGCAAUCAUGACAUUGCCCGAGGUUUAUUUAGGCAAAGUCAUAACAUUAUGUGAUGAUAACCGUGGGAUUCAGAAGGGUAUAACUUACCUUACGACAGGGCAGGUCAUGUUGAAAUAUCAUCUGCCAUUAGCACAUCUGGUUGAUGACUUUUUUGGUAAGUUAAAGUCAGUAUCCAGAGGUUAUGCUUCACUAGAUUACGAAGAUAUUGGUUAUUUGCCUUCGAAAAUUGUGAAGUUAGAGCUAUUAUUAAAUGGUAAAGGUGUUGAUGCUCUCGCACAAGUUAUGCAUUGUUCUCAGACAGAUCGUGUCGGUAAAGAAUGGGUUAAAAGAUUCAAGCAAUAUGUUAAAAGUCAAUUAUACGACGUUAUUAUUCAAGCACGAGCCAAUAAUAAAAUCAUUGCACGUGAAACAAUAAAGGCCACGGGUAAAGAUGUUUUGGCCAAAUUGCAUGCUUCCGACAUAUCUCGUCGGAAGAAACUACUGUCAAAACAAAAGAAGGGUAAGAAGCAGCUCAAAUCAUUCGGAAAAGUGUCAGUGGAUCAAGAGGCAUAUCAAGCCUUCUUACGUAAAUAG